CACAAAGCGAGGAUUGCUAUUUGCUUCAACCGCUGAUUCGAUUGAUUCAUGGAAUAGCGGGAAUAUGGCGGACAGUUGCUUGGGACCUUCGUCAUCAAAACCCACAACUCUUUUCUCUCAAUUGUCAAGCCACACUUCUUGGACUUGCCCUUCAUUCUCUCUCUCGUUACCUUCACCCUGCAAUUUCUCCUUCACCGCCAAAAAACCUCUCUUUUUCUCUUCUUCUUCUUCAUCUUCUUUAAUGUCUUCCAUCCCAAAUGGACCAAGUAAUUCCACCCGUUUCAUCGCUCAAAACUCCCACUGCUCCUCAGGUUCUUCGUCUCCCCGUAAUAAUCAGCCGUCCCUUCUCGUCUUUUCAGGUGGGACGGCCUUUAAUGGAGUUGUAGAAGAGCUUAAGAAAUUAACUACUUGUGUUGCCCAUGUUCUUCCUGUCUCUGAUGAUGGAGGAAGUACUGCUGAGAUUGUUCGUGUUCUUGGUGGUCCAGCAGUUGGAGACAUUCGAUCAAGGUGUCUGAGAUUGUCAGAUCAAAGCACUUCUGAGGCUCUUGCAGUCCGAACAUUGCUCGGUUAUCGCUUACCUCUUGAAGCACAAGUAGCUAAAUCAGAAUGGUAUGAUAUUGUGGAAGGGCAGCACCCUCUUUGGAAAGGUGUUUCAAAACCAUACAGGGAGACUAUUCGAGCUUUCUUGGUGUAUUUUCAAGAUCAGAUCCUUCGUCAUGCAGAUGAACUAUUUUCAUUUAGUAAUGGAAGCAUUGGGAACUUCUUCUUUGCAGGAGCACGCAUAUUCUUUCGGUCGCUAGAUGCUGCUAUUUUUUUGUUUUCACGUGUUUCAGAUAUUCCCACAGAUAGUCUGGUCCUCCCAGUGAUAUCUACCAAUGACAGGCUUACAUUGGGUUGUGAAUUAUGGGAUGGAACUAUUAUUCGUGGGCAAAAUGAGAUAUCUCAUCCAAGCAAGUGUUCUGUGCAGACCAUAGAUAAGGGAAGCUCUUCUGCUUCGGCUCUUCCGGCAAGAAUAAAACGAGUGUUCUAUAUGUCAAGCGAAGGCUGCAAUUUGUUGCAUGAGGUCUUCCCAAGUGUAAAUCCAACUGUCUUUGAAAAGUUACAGAGUGUUGACUGCAUUGUAUUUGCCAUGGGAUCCCUCUUUACUUCUAUUUGCCCCUCCUUGGUCUUACGUGGAAUUGGGGAAAUUAUCUCAUCGAGGUGGUGUCCAAAGGUACUUCUGUUAAAUGGUACUCCUGAUCGGGAAACUAGUGGCUUUACUGCUUCUUGCUUUGUCACAGCAAUUACCGAUGCCCUAAAUCGAACUUACGGUGACCCGGAAAAUUGUCUUAAGAAUACUCCAAACCAAUACAUAAACACAAUUUUGGUUCCCAAGGAUGGUCAAAUUCCUGUUGAUGUUGAAGUCUUGACUGCCCAAGGGAUAUUCCACGUGGUAACUGUUGAUUCAAUACCUGACCCAAAAGUUGGUGUAAUAUUUGAUCCAGAAUCUUUGAUCGAAGCACUUUCUAACCUCUUACAUGCUCCCAUUCAUGUAAAAUGAGUCAAGACUUGAUCAUUCUUUGUUAGCAAUGACAAAUGGGAGCCAAAUGGUGGAGACUUUUUUCUGUUUAUGAUCUUCAUACUUUGGGUUUUUUCUCCUCAAGCAAUGAUGUUGUCUUUGCUGCAGCCGUUAAUUGAAGGCAAGAUGUUCAGAUUACAUCCAAGAUUGGGAAAGGAACGUUGCUAGUCAUACCAUCUAUCUCCAGCAGGAAGGUGGAGGAGGCGAUGCAUCCCAUCUUCUAUGUACAUGUAACAGAAGCAGCAGAUACUCCAUUUUAUGCUGUUGUAGUUUUUGUAUAGUUCGUUAACGAGCAUUAGUGGGCUUUUUCAUCUCUCCUAUCAUUAUGUUUGCUUUUCUAGAGAGUAGAGGCGUUUUAUCGCAUGUUAUGGCAUAUCUGCAAGAAAUUGCAGUUUCAUCAGCGUCAUCGUGCCAUAAACCGAAAUACGUGAAUCAACUUUUUUCCUAAUCUGUUUUUGGCAGAAUAUACAGUGCAAAAAUAUACUUUGUGCCCUGCA